AUGGUGAAGGAAGAUGAUGUUGGAAAUGCACAGCACGGAGAAGAAAAUUCUAAAUCUGCCAAAACGGAGGAUCGCACACACUGCAGGACUUCAGAAAUAACUCACCUGCUGAAACUUGAGAGUGAAGAAGCUGAAGUUUCUGCUGAGGUGUCUGAACUGCUGGGAUCACAUAAGUGUCCCAAAGACCCAGAAAUGGCGAUGCCUAAACGCCAAGAUGACUGGUCCAAGGAAGACAUUGUGCAGUUACUGGAAUGCAUGGAGAAAAACAUUCCAUCCAGUGACGGGCACACGUUCAAAACAACCCAGUCAGUGAUGGACUGGGAAAAAGUAGCUUUUAAAGAUUUUUCUGGGGAAAUGUGCAAACUCAAAUGGUUAGAGGUUUCCCAUAAGGUGAGAAAGUUUCGCACACUGAAAGAAUUAGUCCUGGAAGCUAAGGAAAAUGUUAGCAAUCCUUCCAAAAAACACAAGAAAACACAGAAAACACAAGAAAGCACCAGAAAAGACAAGAAGCAUGCUUAUUUGUUCAAGAAGUCCCUGACAGCUUACCGCCACAUUUCCCAAGUGAUGCGACCCCAGUACAUCCAAAAACACCCCAAGAUAAGCAAGCAGGAGCUGACCAGGGAUCUGUCUGAGGAACACAGGAAGGUGCCUGAGCAGUUGAGGGUGAAACACGGUCAGCAUCUUGAGAAAGAGAAAAAGAAUUUUAGGGAGAAAAAGGCUCUGUUCAGAGAACAGCACCAUGAUCUAGUCUCAAACCCCAAGAAAUCUAGUGUCCCCCAAAGAAGUGAAAUGAAAGUGCCAGAGAAGUUUCAGGAGACUGUUCAAAAAGUGAAGUCUCCCCAUGAAAAAAGUUUACCCAUGAUGUGGAAAUUCCAGGGAGAGCCCAAGAAGCCCCCGAUGAAUGGCUAUCACAAGUUCCACCAGGAUCUCUGGUCGAGCAGGGAGCUGAAAGAGGUGCCCCUGAGGGAGCGCAUGGUGGAGCUCAGUAGACGCUGGCAGCGGGUCCCCCAGGACCAGAAGGAGCUUUAUAAGAAGCAGGCAGAGGAACUGCAGACACAGUACAAGGUGGACCUUGAUCUCUGGCUCAGGACUCUGUCUCCUGAAGAAUAUGCUGCUUACAGAGAGGCGACCUGUGCCAAGCGUAAGAACAUGAGCGUGACGGGGGGCCCGAACCCCAAGAUUAGAAGGAUGGAGCUGCAGUCCCCAUCAUCAGGAAAUCCUCAAGGAAGGCUUAGAGAGGACCCAGGGCUUCAGGCUGCAGAGUUAGCAUCAUCAGACACGAUUGGAGAUCAUUCUCCUGCCUCAGGGAGAUCAGAAGAAAAUGAGGAAGAGGAGGAAGGCAGCUCCUCAGCCCCCAGCAGUGAGGAUGAGGAUGGAGAUUCUGAGCCAGAGGAGCGCAGCUCCAGCUCCUCAUCCUCAGGGGACUCCUCUGACUCGGAUUCCGACUGA